UUGUGAUGUCAUGUGACGUCACACAACGUUUUGGGACGGUUUUGCCAUUGCCAGAAAUGGGGGUGGGGGCGGCUUCCGCAUGAUGCGGAAGUUGACAGCUAUCAACAGAGCAUCAGUUCACUUGUAAACUGAGUCUCCUGAAUUGCGGUGGGGAUGAAUUCAGCCAAUCAAUCCAUCCAUCAGCCAUGCCUGUGGUGCCAGCUUCCCUUUGGCUAGCUGGCACCACAACCCACAGCUUCAGGGGAGCUGCUGCACUUGCCAACUUGAGUCUUGUCCUUUUUAGGGGAUGGCUAUUACCUGGCUAUUGGCGGCGCUGCUGCCCAGUACAACUGGUCACACAUCAGGGCGGUGCUGCAGGAGAAGCACUUUCAGUGCCAGUUGAUCGACCAGUCGGAAGAGCUGGGCAUGAUCAGCAUUCAAGGCCCUGCCAGCCGGACCGUCCUGCAAGAAGUGCUUGAUGUGGACCUGAGCAACGAAGCCUUCCCGUUCUCCACCCAUCAGCUGGCCAAGGCUGCUGGCUGCACGGUGCGGGCCAUGAGGCUGUCCUUCGUGGGCGAGAUGGGCUGGGAGCUACACGUACCCCGGGAGCAUUGCCUGAAAGUCUACCGGGCUGUCAUGGAAGCCGGGGCCAAGCACGGCAUUGCAAACGCCGGAUACAGGGCCAUCGACUCCCUCAGCAUCGAGAAAGGUUAUCGGCACUGGCAUGCAGAUCUCCGCUCGGAUGACAGCCCCCUGGAAGCUGGCCUGGCCUUCACCUGCAAGCUGAAGUCGGACGUGGCUUUCCUGGGACGGGAGGCAGUUGAGGCCCAAAGAAAAGCCGGUCUCUUCCGCCGCCUGGCCUGCUUCACCAUCGAUGCGAAAGUCCCCCUCUUUGGCCUGGAGGCCAUUUGGCGCAAUGGCCGGGUUGUGGGGCACAUCCGAAGGGCGGACUUUGGACACACCAUCAACAAAACGAUUGCCUACGGCUACAUCCGAGAUCCCGAUGGAGGGCUGGUCUCCCCCGAGUUUAUAAAAAGUGGCAACUAUAUUUUGGAGAGGAUGGGAGUUCCUUUUCCAGCCAAAGUCCACACCAAAUCGCCUUUUGAUCCAGAGAACAAGAGAGUCAAGGGGAUCUACUGAAUUUGUUGAACAUGGACCCAGGAGGGGACAAUUAAAUGAAAUGGAACAUGGACAGUUCAACAGACUCCAUGCCCACCUCAAGAAAAGUCCUGAGGCUGAGUGGUGAGAAAGGUGAAUUUCCUCCUUUGGACACUUAACCAGGCCUAGCUCAGGAUGGCCAGCUGUGUUUUUCCAGCAGGCUCCCGAAGAUGGAGGCUUUUUUUUAACCAGCUUGAAGGUCACCUCACUCAUUGAUUCUAUAGACAGCCUGGUUUAACUAGUAUCCCUUUCAGAUUUUCCCCAUUUUUGGUCGGUUGGUCUUUCUGACAAAAUUAUAAUAAAAAGGACGAUUGUAUCCCAUUUUUUAAUUUAGAAAUUAAUUGUUAGCAUCUAGCUUUAAAUAAAAUAAAUAUUUCCCAUGAUAA